GUACAUGCAAUAUGGCCUGGACGCCCCCAAGCAUCUUGAUGGCAUGUUCUCCUGGGUUCUUUUCGACCGCAAGCAGAACCGCGUCAUCGCUGCCCGUGAUCCCAUCGGUAUCACUAGCUUCUACCUGGGCUGGUCCAGCGAGACCCCCGGUGCCGUUUACUUCGCCUCCGAACUCAAGUCCUUGCACCCCAUUUGCGACAAGAUCGAGGCCUUCCCCCCCGGUCAUGUCUAUGACUCCAACACCGGUGCCUUGACCCGGUACUUCCAGCCCUCGUGGUGGGACCCCGCCAACGUUCCCUCGACUCCCGUCGACUACCUGACGCUCCGCCACUCGCUGGAGAAGGCUGUGCGCAAGCGUCUGAUGGCCGAGGUCCCUUACGGUGUGCUGCUCUCCGGUGGCCUGGACUCCAGUCUGGUUGCCGCCAUUGCUCAGCGCGAGACCCUGCGCAUGCAGGAUGCCACCAAGGCCGCCAUUCAGAACCAGACCGGUGUCUCGGAUCUGGUUGGCAUCGACGACUCCAACGAGCUGUCCACCGUCACCACCCUGCAGCAGCUGCACUCCUUCUCCAUCGGUCUGCCCGGUGCUCCCGAUACCGAGGCCGCCCUCGAAGUUGCCCGCUUCCUCGGAACCAAGCACCACGCUUUCACCUUCACCGUCGAAGACGGUCUCAACGCUCUCUCCGAUGUCAUCUACCACCUCGAGACGUACGACGUGACCACUAUCCGUGCCUCCACGCCCAUGUACCUGCUGAGCCGAAAGAUCAAGGCCAUGGGUGUCAAGAUGGUUCUCAGCGGUGAGGGAAGCGACGAGAUCUUCGGCGGUUACCUGUACUUCCACGCUGCCCCCAACCGGGAAGAGUUCCACAAGGAGACCGUUCGCCGGGUCAAGAACCUGCACCUGGCGGACUGCCUCCGCGCGAACAAGUCGACCUCCGCCUGGGGUCUGGAGGCCCGUGUGCCGUUCCUGGACAAGGAGUUCCUCGAGACCUCCAUGAAGAUCGACCCUGCCGAUAAGAUGAUCACCGAGGGGCGCAUUGAGAAGUACGUUCUGCGGAAAGCGUUCGACACCACCGACGAGCCGGACAACACGCCCUACCUGCCCGAGAAGAUCCUCUGGCGCCAGAAGGAGCAGUUCAGCGACGGUGUGGGCUACAGCUGGAUCGACGGUCUGAAGGAUGCGGCCGAGGAGCACGUCACGGACGAGAUGAUGAAGAACCCCAAGCCCGAGUGGGGUAGCGACGUUCCCGACACCAAGGAAGCGUACUGGUACCGCACGAUGUUCGACGAGCACUUCCCUGCCUCGUGCGCGGGCACGGUUGAGCGUUGGACCCCGACAUGGUCGAAGCAGACCGAUCCCAGUGGACGGGCUAUUGCGACCCACAACGCCAAGUAUAAGAGCGUCGAAUAGAUGUUGGGUAAAUAAACUCUGCGCGUUUUCGGUUGGGCAAUCAUGGGUAUAGAGGCAUGCAUAGAUGAUCUACCAAAGUUUCUUGUUUGGGGUCAAAAGUGAAUUUUUCAUUGGACGAGCUUGCGGGCCACCGAGCAUCUGCUUUCCUGUUCUUCUAGCACUGGCAUCUUCUAUUUGUCUUGGGUGGGUACAGUGAAGUUCUGCGUAAAGAGCUUGAAUCUGUGGCGUCAAGUCUUUUUCUAGUAUCUCCUUUGCUUUUCCAGUUUUUCGGUGUCGCACUUAUCAUGAGACGCGAGCUUCUUUAAUCAAUCAAAGUUCUAUCUGAAGAUCAUGCGA